GUAGAUUUUGCCUAGUAUUGAUCGCUCAACCAAUGGAUUCUCAAGCAAAAUAAAUUCAAUGCAGUCAUUCGUUGUUUAGCGGUGACGAUUCAACGCAGGCUGAUGUCAAAUCAGUCGACGUGAAUCAUUUGUCAAAAUCGAAGAAUAAACUCAAAAUAGCACCUUAAAAAAAUAAAGGAAUUAUAGUAAAUAUGUCUGCAAUGCGGAUGAAGGCAGCAAAAUGUCCCUCAGACGAGCUUGCCAUUACAAACUGUGCUCUUAUCAACCCUGAUGACUUCAAUAGCGAUGUCAAGCAUAUUGAAGUCUCUACUGGACCAUCACAGCACUUUGUGUUCAGUAUUAGGUUCUACAGUGGUGUAGACCGUGGCACUGUUGGAUUCUCUGCACCACAGAGAAAAUGGGCCACUCUCUCCAUUGGUCAGCCAAUCGAUGUAAAGCCUUUCAAGGCUCAAAAUGCAGAAUGUUUGUGCAGUAUGACCUUAGAGGCAGACUUCAUGCUGAAGAAAACAACAUCCAUGGAACCUUACGAUUCGGAGCAAAUGGCUCGUGACUUCUUGAUCCAGUUCUCCAAUCAGAUCUUUACAGUUGGUCAGCAGCUGGCCUUCUCAUUCCAAGAGAAGAAGGUCCUGUCCCUAAUUGUGAAGAAUUUGGAAGCCGUUGACGUCCAAGCGUUGGCCGCGGGUGCUAACGCUGUGCCGCGCCGCGUAAGGAUGGGCCGACUCCUGCCUGAUGGCGCCAUUCAAUUCGACAAAGCUGAAAAUUCUUCCCUCAACUUAGUCGGAAAGGCUAAAGGGAAACAACCACGCCAAUCCAUUAUCAACCCUGACUGGGACUUCGGCAAGAUGGGCAUCGGUGGUCUGGAUAGGGAGUUCAAUGCUAUCUUCCGACGAGCCUUCGCGUCUCGAGUGUUUCCUCCAGAAGUCGUCGAGCAAUUAGGCUGCAAGCACGUCAAGGGUAUCCUGCUAUAUGGUCCACCCGGUACCGGUAAGACCCUCAUGGCCCGUCAAAUUGGUAAAAUGUUGAACGCACGCGAACCCAAGAUUGUGAACGGUCCGCAAAUCUUGGACAAAUAUGUUGGUGAGAGUGAAGCCAACAUUCGUAGAUUGUUCGCUGAUGCCGAAGAAGAAGAGAAGAGGUGUGGACCAAACAGUGGUCUCCACAUUAUCAUCUUUGACGAAAUCGACGCUAUUUGCAAAGCCAGAGGAUCUGUCGGAGGCAAUACCGGUGUCCACGAUACUGUCGUCAAUCAGCUGCUCUCCAAGAUUGAUGGUGUCGACCAACUAAACAACAUAUUGGUGAUCGGAAUGACGAAUCGUCGUGACAUGAUUGACGAGGCGUUGAUGCGACCCGGUCGUCUUGAGGUUCAGAUGGAGAUCGGUCUACCUGACGAGAACGGUCGCGUACAGAUUCUGAACAUCCACACAAAACGUAUGAAGGAAUACAAGAAGAUUGCUGACGAUGUUGAUAGCAAGGAACUCGCAGCCCUAACAAAGAACUUCUCGGGCGCUGAAUUAGAAGGUUUAGUCCGCGCCGCUCAGUCCACCGCAAUGAACCGUUUGAUCAAAGCGUCUAGCAAAGUGGAGGUCGACCCAGAAGCUAUGGAGAAACUCAUGGUAGAACGUGGUGACUUCUUACAUGCGCUUGAGAACGAUAUCAAACCUGCCUUCGGUACGGCAGCCGAAGCUUUGGAACAUUUCCUGAGCCGUGGCAUUAUCAACUGGGGCUCUCCUGUGUCUUCCUUGCUUGAAGAUGGACAGCUUUACAUUCAACAAGCCAGGGCUACUGAAGCUAGCGGUCUAGUAUCGGUACUGUUGGAAGGCCCACCAAACAGUGGUAAGACCGCGUUAGCCGCUGAACUUGCCAAGCUGUCAGACUUCCCAUUCGUGAAGGUCUGCUCGCCAGAAGACAUGGUCGGAUUCACGGAGUCUUCCAAGUGUCUUCAGAUCAGAAAGUACUUCGACGACGCCUACCGUUCAAGCCUGUCCUGUAUCCUAGUGGACAAUAUCGAACGUCUGCUGGACUACGGUCCCAUUGGUCCUCGCUACUCCAACUUGACGCUGCAGGCGUUGCUCGUGUUGUUGAAGAAACAGCCGCCUAAGGGACGAAAACUGCUCAUCCUUUGCACCAGCAGUCGAAGACAAGUAUUGGAAGACAUGGAGAUGCUGUCUGCAUUCACAGGCGUGCUCCACGUUCCUAACCUAUCUCAACCGGAACAUGUGAUGUCAGUACUCGAGGAGAGUGAUGCUUUCUCCAAGAAGGAUCUGCUCAAGAUCCAACAGGAUAUCCGUGGAGCUAGAAUCUUCAUUGGCAUCAAGAAGCUGCUAGCGCUAAUCGACAUGGUGAAGCAAACAGAUGAGGAGUACAGAGUGUUCAAGUUCCUCACGAAGAUGCAGGAGGAGGGCGGACUGGACCUAGGCACCAAUGUACAAUAAGAAUCAUUGCAACCUUAGGGACAACACGCGCAUACCACACUAUCGCCCUCACCCGACCACACUAAUGCACAUAUCUGUACAUCUAAAACACCUAAUAUCAAAGUCACGGAAAGCUCACCUUGCGUUUCCGAUCUUAGAAGCUACGAAAUCGAUUACGACGAAAUCAGCGAAUGCACCGAGUCGUUACUCGAUACUAGUCAUCAUAAGAAAGGUAUGACCGCCAGAGGCAACGAAAUAUCGCCGUCAAAAAUGCCUCUAAUGAGGAUUAGGAGUGUUGAAAUUGUUUUCGAAGAUGAAAUGUCCACUUGUACAGACACCGGUAUUUUAGAUAGGAGCAUCGAGUUGAUAGUGUCUGAUAGCAGUGACGAUUCCACCAAGUGCGUGGAUGAUUUAGAAGGUCUGAACAUUGAGAAGGAUACAAACUACGACUCUGUGACCCUAAACGCUGACGGAGAUCUAUCAGAUGACAAUUCUGUUUCAUUAACCAAAGACAUCGUCGAAGAUGUUCCCAAAGUUGAUAUUCCCCUAAUAAGUUUCCAAGACGUGGAUGAACCUUCUCAUAUACAAACUGAUAGUGCCACAUUACCAAUCGACGAAACCUUGUCGCCAAACGUGUCCGAAAUUGGUGAUUCAGGUCGUUACACCGAAGAAGCUUCCUCAUCUCAUUUUGAGACGAUUCCCAUCGAAGACGCUAUACUUUCGAGCUCUAUUGACGCGAUCACUAUUGUAAAGUCACCGACGUUGAUGAGCUCGUACGAAAUAUCUGAUGUGUGUAGCAUCGCAGCCGAGACGUCGAGACUGUACGAAUAUAUCGAUAGUAACAGCGACAGUUCCGACGACUCGGACAAUACAGCGACGUGCGAUAUGGACCAUGCUAUUCAACAUCUCACCAGCUUCAGUAGUAACUUAUCCUCAGAUGAUAACACCGUGGGCGACAGUUACGACCUACAGUACGAUUCUUUCAUAGACAUGGGCAAAUUUUAAUACUACCUAUAUUCCAAACAUGUUUAAAACUUUUUAAUUAUCUAAAUGUGCUUAUCUAUCGAUGUUUCUAUAACGCUCUAAGGAUUUUAACAUGUUACACGUGUAAUGCUGUUUGACGUUGCGUCUUAGUUAAAAUGGUUAUUAUUUAUGAGUUGUUUGCAACAAACACAUUCCAAGUGAAUUAUCGAAGGAUUUGAUUAAAGUAAGUCCUGUUUUAGUACGCCAGCGCAGCGUGGUGAAGUUUUAGUGUGAGCUAUUCUGACACCUUAUAUACCUUCUUAACACAGCUUGUGCACAGAGGGGCUCGGUGGUAUGCGGCUCUCGUAACCAUGUCAUGUCUCGUUGUACACUUGUUAUAGUUUAAUUACUCAGUAGUGUUUUUGUAAAUAUUACGUAUGUCUCCAUAGCGCGUGCAAUCUAGUAUGUAUUCAGUCUUAGAUGAACAAUGACAUGGUUACAGAUAUCCCUGGGUUGUAAGUCUAGGCAAUAGCUCAAUUAUCUACAAUGUAUUAUAUUAUUUUUAUAGAGUUUUUAUUUAUUUUCAAUUUGUUAUUGAAAUGUGAUGCAGCUUGACGCUGUCUAUUGUGUUAAUACUUAAAUAGGGAUAUUUUGAUCAAUGUGUAAUAUCGAUAGCUGUAAGGGAAUGAUAUUGAUAAUGUCAAUAAAUAUGUAGUAUUAUGAAAUAUUUGAGGAAUAUUGUUGUUAUAAUUCAGUAGCCCUCGAAGCUUUGACUUGGAGCAUUAGUACAAUUAAAGUAUAAGUACUUAUCUGCACAUGUAGUAAAUUUUAUGGUCAAUUAUGAACACUACUAAAGAGUAUUCAAGCUAAUUGGAUUGUUAACAAGAUUCUUAUCAGACAUGUCGAGAGUGCACCUCUACAUAACUGUUAUGUAGGUGGUAAAUAUUUAAAUAUACAAGUUAUAUUAUAGUGCGUGCGUAACUGCGUAAUAUUAUAAUAACGAAUGUUGCGAUCAUUGUCGAUUUUAAAAAGUAUCUCUAUAUUUAACGAGCCAUAGCUAUAAUAUUGUUGCAAUACAUUUGUAGUAAUUUAUUGUUACAUUCUACUGGUUAGAUGCAUUGUUAUUGUCUUUUGAAGUAAGAUAAAACAUUCCACUCAUGCAUUCAAAACUGGGUCGGUGUAGUACUGUGUUUUAGAAAGUAUGUAUACAUAAUCUCAAUUAUAUUAUUGAUAAAUUGUGUGAAAAAAUAUUAAAUUCUUGAUAAAGCUUUUAGGUCAUGAACUAGUGUUAUGGCUUCUAAAUAAUAUUAUACUAACCGCCAUUAUAUAUUUUCUUCUUUGUAAAAAAUAUAAUUGAAUUAUGUGGAAUUGUGAACAACGAUACAUGGGGCAUAGCUCCUGAGUAAAUGUUCUGACAAAUAAUUUAAUGUAUGCAUUGUUGCUCAUAGUAAUAAUACUGUCUAGGUGUUUGUUUUGCCUUUGAAGUCGUCUGUGAGUAUUGUCUUCAAGGACUUGUGUAUGAUGCAAUAAACUUAUACUUUCUUAUAAGAUGAAAUGUAUAUGUGUCAUAUAAGUUUGAAUAUAAUAGUUAAAGGUUGCUUGUUUUUAAAACUGUUUAUCAUUAUUUUUAAAUAUGUAUAACAUUAUUGUAAAAUAUCUUCCAAACAUGUUUAUUUCUUUAUGAAACAUAGUUUCUGUUUGAAUUUGUUAUUCAUUAGGAUUGCACUUAUGGAACAUUGUUAUCAGUGGCUAUGUCACAUUAUCUUGUAAGCUUUAUUGUUGGUAAAAUAAAGUAAUUGACAAACUAAA